CACAAGUAGGUUUGAUUGCCGGGCCGCGGAGCGACCAGUAUGAACGUUGAUUGGAGGGUCACGCUCGUAUUAACCGACAAUUAUUUAAGUUAGGACGAGCCCGAACGAAAUUCAUUCUAACCGGAGUUCAACACGGACGCGCAAGCUUUCGCAGACUUUCCUACGAUACGCGUCUUUUCCCAUUGAGAGAUAAUGAAAUAUUGAGAGCGGAUUGUUUAUCAGUCGCAUCGGUCCAGAGAGCUGGGCCCUGGGCCGACUUCACCUGUAAUGGAGAAAGGCAAAUCUUUUUCAGAAUAUUUAUUUGUGAAGAUGGGCCCGGGUGACAGGGGUCCGAAGACCACGGAGGAUCGGUCGGCACCCGUCGAUCCCACUGGUGCCAUGAAGUGGUUGAUCGAGAAUAAACUGCUGGUGAUCACUCUGGGUGCUGUCAUUACCGGCAUCGCUUUAGGUUUUGGACUUCGCCCCUACAACCUCGGACCUGAUGCUCUUAUUGUGAUAUCCUAUCCUGGAGAACUGUUCAUGAGGGUUUUGAAGCUGAUGAUUCUGCCCCUGAUAAUAGCCAGUUUAAUCGCUGGUUCCGCAAGUUUGAACGCUAAGAUGAGUGGUAAAAUUGCGGUACGGACGUUGCUCUAUUUCAUUCUCACUUCAAUGUUCAACGCAUUCCUUGGAGUCGUUCUGGCGAUGCUGAUACACCCAGGCCAGCCAGAACUCAGAGAAGACUUCGAGGGGGUCCUCGAAAACAGAAGCGAUCAUAGCAUAUUGGAUAACAUCCUCGAUAUAGGCCGAAACAUCUUCCCAGACAACAUCGUGCAGGCAGCAUUCCAACAAGCGCACACCGUGUAUUCUGAACCCAAGGGUUUAUUUGCCAAGAAUGCGACGGAAAAUAAUACUGUUCUAGUUCGAGAGAUAAGUUACAGAGCGGGAACGAACACAUUGGGCAUCGUUUUCUUCUGUUUAAUAUUUGGCAGUCUUUUGGGGACUCUGGGGCCGAAGGGUCAGGUGGUGAUCGACUUCUUUCAGGCGAUCUUCGAGGUGAUCAUGAAGAUGGUGACGGGCGUGAUGUGGUUCACCCCCGUGGGAGUCAGCAGCGUCAUCGCUGGCAAGAUAUUGGGCGUGGACAAUGUUGGGCACGUGAUAUCCCAACUGGCAUGGUUCAUAGCGACAGUCGCGGUGGGAGUAUUCCUGUACCAGCUGAUCAUAAUGCAGCUAAUAUACUUUGUGUUCCUAAAGCGGAACCCGUAUAAGUUUUAUUGGGGCCUCUCCCAGGCCAUGCUCACGGCUUCGGCGACGGCCUCAACAGCUGCAGCUCUACCAGUCACGUUUCGAGCAAUGGAGGGACCUCUGCGGAUCGAUUCUCGCAUCACCAGAUUUGUUCUUCCCAUCGGCUGCAAUAUAAACAUGGACGGCACCGCCCUCUUCCUCGCCGUGGCCAGCAUCUUCAUCUGUCAGAUGAAUAACAUUAGCUUGGGCUUCGCUCAGCUAGCUACGAUAUUCUUAACUUCAACUGCUGCAUCGGUGUCGUCUGCGUCGGUUCCCUCGGCGGCCAUGGUGCUGCUGCUGGUAGUGCUCGCGGCGGUGGAUGCGCCUGCGCACGAUGUGUCGCUACUGUUCGCCGUCGACUGGCUUGUUGACCGCAUUCGCACCACAAACAAUAUGCUCGGCGACUGCUACGCCGCUGCUGUAGUAGAACACAUGUCGAAGAAAGAACUUAUGGCAACAGACUCUGCCUCGAUGGAGCCGACGGUCGCCAACGGUGUUCUUCCGACGUCCAGCACAGAAGUAGAGAUCGCGGCGACGACUCCCGCCAAGGAGUCUGUGGCCUCUGACGUUGUUAUCGAUAUGCAUUUAAACAAUAUUUAGUUGUAGGGUCAAUGAACUAUUACACUAGCUAUCUUGAAUUGCACGACCUGUUUUGGCUAUAUUAUGAAGAUGCUUAUAGUUGAAUACCUAGUGGAAAAUUUGCACCAAUCUUCGUGUCGUGCAAGAAGCGCCUGUGUUGUAAAAUCAUUGGUUCCUUUCUAGUGGUUAUUGUUGUUAGUUCGUCAAUAGAUCGUGCUAUUUAGGAAACCAUUUAAAAUGGUGAUAUAACAAAGUGUUGCUAUUAUUGAUAAAAGAGUUGAGAGCAUCAGUGAUCUUUAAGUGGAACGCGUUGUUAAAAGUUGGAAAGGUGAAGUUCUGAAACACUUUAGGAAAUAUUAUAAUGUAGAGUCGAUAAUUAAAGCUAAGACUGAAGGUGAAGGCAGAUCUGGCCGCAUUAUGAAGGUGUAGUCUCCCACAUAGUAUUUAACUAUUGGUGUCCCGCAAUAAAGUCACGUUAGGUACGCUACAAUGCUACGUCGAUUUACAUGAAUAUAUAAAGCGCGGUGCAGUCAGAUUUGCUUUCAUCAUAUCGCUCACUCUUAGCAAGGCAUUCAAGGGGCAUCCUUUUUGUGAACUAGUUACGAAGGCCUAUAUAACAUUUUAAGUAGCACUUCAUUUUCGCUCACAUAUUAAAAAGACAUUCGUUUUGUAUCAUGAAUAUUAGAGCUCAUCAUUCCUGUAGUUUAAAGUGUUACCUCAAAGAUUAUUUUUAAGCAUUUUAAUUAUUAGUUUUUAUAAUAAGUCAUUAUAUUUUUUUUAUCUUAUUUAUAGGGUAAAGAUACAAAAUUUAAAUAAUAAUAGCACUUAUUUCCAAGGUGCAACACGUGCCUAUUUUAUGCCAUAUCAAAAAAUUUUUAACAUGAAUCACAGUAAGUAAUUGAAAGAAUUGUUUUCUUAUAAUUUUAGAAAUACCCAUAUAAUGCUUGUAAUUCUUAAAAUUUCCUACCAAAAUACUACGGAGUACAUUUUGUAAAAACUGAAAUGACGAUAAUAAUUUGAAAAUUUUAAAGACUGUGCGUUUGUAGACCUUAAUAAUAUGUAUGUGAUCAAUGAUCAUCAAUUUUUGGACUCCGUCACAACAAGUUUUGAUAUAGGAAUUUUAUCCUCUAUACUUUACUAGAGGUAUCAAUUUAAGUGCAUAUUUAAAGCCUUACUGAUAGUAUUAUUAUAUUAUUAAUGGUUAACGGUAGUGUGAGCUGUGAUAUACUCUUUAUUACUUAUCAUUAGGAUAAUAACAAUUGCCUACUAUAAAUUGUAAAAUGGAUUUGGCACCAAUGUUAAUUAUUGAUUCUAUUAACUGUAUGUAGUAACUAUAUUUUAGUAAUCUACAACGUGACACUACUAUUCAGUUAGCUGAGAGAAAAGGUUUUAAGCAUCGUGGAAUUAAAAAAUAUGUAUGAGGAAGUCAAAGAUGUUGUUGGCGACAAAAUUAUUUUGCAAUUUAUCGUUUAAAUAUUAUUGUAGGUAAUCAGUGCAUGCAAUGAUAUUUGAGUUAUAUAUUUACUAAUCUUUAUAGAGAAUUAAAGUAUUCCAAUCAAAACGCAUCUUCUCCUCGCUGAAAUGUCAUUGGUGUCAGAUCUAAUUCAUAUUUAAUGUAGAUAAAGCAAUCACCCGUUUAUAAUUAUGAUCAAUUAUUAUGUAAUUCGAAUAAUAGUGAUACGGAUAUUAAAAAUUAAACAA